GGUCAGGCUUCGGGCUCGGGGCCUGGCGGAGAAGAGGGUUAAUCAUUACUUCGCCACCCGCACAGCUUCACUCGCACUCUCUCACCCGGGCUUGGGGAGGAAGGGAAGAGGUAGUUGGCCGGAUGGGGACCUCGGCUUCGCCUGAACCAGCCUCUUCGGGCCAUCCAGAGACAGGAUAGAAGUCGGAUGGAAGCACCACCCCUUGCCCUGCCUAACCAGCCUAGGAUCCUUCCUUCCCUCUUUGUGGAAGGAUAAGGGUUCAGAAAACUGGGCACUUAUUCCUUAAUCUACCACAGAAAUGUUUGGUUCUCAAAGUGCAUUGGUCCAUGGAGUAGGCAAGACAGUCCUGAAGUUGAGUUUGAGAGGCGACACGGCGGCGGCGGCCGCGCUGCUCCCGCUCCUCUGCCUCCCCAUGGAUAUGCACUGCAAAGCAGACCCUUUCUCCGCGAUGCACCCAGGGCACGGGGGUGUGAACCAGCUCGGGGGGGUGUUUGUGAACGGCCGGCCCCUGCCCGACGUGGUGAGGCAGCGCAUCGUGGAGCUGGCCCACCAGGGCGUGCGGCCCUGCGACAUAUCCCGGCAGCUGCGCGUCAGCCACGGCUGUGUCAGCAAAAUCCUGGGCAGGUACUAUGAGACCGGCAGCAUCAAGCCCGGAGUGAUCGGAGGCUCCAAGCCCAAAGUGGCGACGCCUAAAGUGGUGGACAAGAUUGCUGAAUACAAGCGACAGAACCCAACUAUGUUCGCCUGGGAGAUCCGAGACCGGCUCCUGGCUGAGGGCAUCUGCGACAAUGACACAGUGCCCAGCGUCUCUUCCAUCAACAGGAUCAUCAGGACCAAAGUUCAGCAGCCUUUCCACCCAACGCCGGAUGGGGCUGGGACGGGAGUGACAGCCCCUGGCCACACCAUUGUUCCCAGUACGGCCUCCCCUCCUGUUUCCAGCGCCUCCAAUGAUCCAGUGGGAUCCUACUCCAUCAACGGGAUCCUGGGGAUCCCUCGCUCCAAUGGUGAGAAGAGGAAACGUGAUGAAGUUGAGGUAUACACUGAUCCUGCCCACAUUAGAGGAGGUGGAGGUUUGCAUCUGGUCUGGACUUUAAGAGAUGUGUCCGAGGGCUCAGUCCCCAAUGGAGACUCCCAGAGUGGCGUGGACAGUUUGCGGAAGCACUUGCGAGCUGACACCUUCACCCAGCAGCAGCUGGAAGCUUUGGAUCGAGUCUUUGAACGUCCUUCCUACCCUGACGUCUUCCAGGCAUCGGAGCACAUCAAAUCAGAACAGGGGAACGAGUACUCCCUCCCAGCCCUGACCCCUGGGCUUGAUGAAGUCAAGUCGAGUCUAUCUGCAUCCACCAACCCUGAGCUGGGCAGCAACGUGUCAGGCACGCAGACAUACCCCGUUGUGACCGGUCGUGACAUGGCGAGCACCACUCUGCCUGGUUACCCCCCUCACGUGCCCCCCACUGGCCAGGGAAGCUACCCCACCUCCACCCUGGCAGGAAUGGUGCCUGGGAGCGAGUUCUCCGGCAACCCGUACAGCCACCCCCAGUACACGGCCUACAACGAGGCUUGGAGAUUCAGCAACCCCGCCUUACUAAUGCCGCCCCCCGGGGCUCCGCCCCUGCCGCUGCUGCCGCUGCCUAUGACCGCCACUAGUUACCGCGGGGACCACAUCAAGCUUCAGGCCGACAGCUUCGGCCUGCACAUCGUGCCCGUCUGACCGCCCACCCCGGAGGGAGGGAGGACCGACGCGACGCGAUGCCUCCCGGCCACCGCCCAGCCC